AUGGCGGUGUCAGCUCGGAUUCUUGUAACGUUGCUGGCCCUGUCCUGCGUCGUCUCUGCUCAGGACCUGGAGAAGAACGUGACGGAGUUUCUAAAGAGGUUCGACGAAGAGGCCACGCAGCGUAUGUACAGUUACUCUCUGGCAUCAUGGGCCUACAACACCGACAUCUCCCAGGAGAACUCGGACAAGCUGUCAGUACAGGGGCAGAUCUGGGGCAGUUUUUACACUCAGAUGUCAGAAGAGUCCCUGAAAUUCCCCAUCGACCAGAUCAAAGAUCCAGAAAUCAAACUGCAGCUCAUCUCCCUUCAGGACAAAGGCGCCGGUGCUUUGUCCCAGGACAAGGCCGCACGCCUGAGUGAAAUCAUGAGUAAGAUGAAUACAAUCUACAGCACAGCCAAAGUGUGCCUGAUGGACGAACCCCUGAACUGCCAGACUUUGGAGCCAGGCCUGGAGGACGUGAUGUUCAACAGCAAAGACUACGCCAAGCGCCUGCACGUGUGGGAGGGCUGGAGGAAGGAGACGGGGAAGGAGAUGAGACCCCUGUAUGAAGAAUAUGUGGAUCUGAAGAACGAAGCUUCCAAACUAAACAAUUUUGAUGACUAUGGAGCUUACUGGAGAUCCAACUAUGAGACAAUCGAGGAGGAUCCUCAGUACAAGUACACAAGAGACCAGCUCAUGGGAGACGUGCGUUCAAUAUACAAAGAGAUCCUGCCAUUAUACAAGGAGCUGCAUGCCUACGUGAGAUCCAAGCUCAUUGAUGUCUACCCAGGACACAUUGAUCCAAAAGGACCUCUGCCAGCCCACCUGCUGGGUGACAUGUGGGGAAGAUUCUGGACCAACCUGUACCCUCUGUCUACCCCCUACCCUGAGAAACCAGAUAUUGAUGUCAGUAAGACUAUGGUGGAGCAGGGCUGGAAUGAAACUCGUCUUUUCGAAGAAGCAGAGAAGUUCUUCAUGUCCGUGGGCCUGUACGAGAUGUUUCCGAACUUCUGGACCGAGUCGAUGCUGGUGAAGCCUAACGACGGACGCCAGGUGGUGUGUCACCCCACGGCCUGGGACAUGGGGAACAGGGAAGACUUUAGGAUCAAAAUGUGCAGCAAGGUCAACAUGGACGACUUCCUCACUGUGCACCACGAGAUGGGCCACAACCAAUACCAGAUGGCCUACCGCAACCUGUCCUACCUCCUGAGGGACGGAGCCAACGAGGGGUUCCACGAGGCCGUCGGAGAAAUCAUGUCUCUUUCUGCUGCAACGCCCAAACACCUGCAGAGCCUGGGCCUCCUGGAUGCUAACUUCACUUAUGAUAAAGAAACAGAGAUCAACUUCCUGCUCAAACAGGCGCUCACCAUUGUGGCCACGCUGCCGUUCACCUACAUGCUGGAGGAGUGGAGGUGGCAGGUGUUCGCAGGGAACAUCCCCAAGGACCAAUGGAUGCAGCGGUGGUGGGAGAUGAAGAGGGAGAUGGUGGGAGUGAUGGAGCCGGUGCCGAGAAAUGAGUCUUACUGUGAUCCUCCUGCUCUGUUCCAUGUGUCUGGAGACUACUCCUUCAUCAGGUACUUCACCAGAACCAUCUACCAGUUUCAGUUCCAAAAAGCGCUGUGCGAUGCUGCUGGUCACACUGGUCCUUUGUCUUCAUGUGACAUUACCAAUUCUACCGUAGCAGGAACCAAACUGAGGGACAUGUUGGAGCUGGGGAGGUCCCAGUCCUGGACCAGGGCCUUGCACACGAUAUCUGGUGAUGUCAAGAUGGACGCCCAGCCCCUGCUGGAUUAUUUUGCAACACUUCACCAGUGGCUGAAGGCAGACAACAAGAAACACAACAGGAUGGUCGGCUGGCAGCCAGCAGUAGAUCCAUAUGCCAUCAAAGUACGAAUAAGUUUGAAGGCCGCCAUGGGAGACAACGCUUAUUCCUGGAACGACAACGAGCUGUACCUGUUCGAGACCAACAUUGCAUACGCUCUGAGGCAGUACUACGCACAAAAGAACGAGACACUUCCCUUCACGUCAGAGGACGUCCACAUCUCCAACGAGACUGAGAGAAUCUCCUUCUACAUUAUGGUCACCAAACCGAAUACCACUGUGUACAUCCCAAAGACUGACUUGGAGGCUGCCAUACGGUUAUCCAGAGGCCGAAUCAACGAUGCCUUCCAAUUGGAUGACAAGACGCUGUACUUCGCGGGUAUCCCAGCAACACUGGCCCCUCCUGUGGAGCAGCCAGUGGAGGUGUGGCUGGUGGUGUUUGGGGUGGUCAUGGGAGCCGUGGUGCUCCUGGGCACCUACCUCAUUGUCUCCGGUGCCAGAGAACGUAAAAGGAAAUCUGCAAAGCCAGCCACGGAGAAUCCGUACGAAGACAUCGAGGGGAUAACCAACAAAGCCUUUGAGAACAAUGAUGAUGAACAAACUGGAUUCUGA